AUGGCUCAAAAUUGCGACUCGGCUCUUUUCCUCGUUGCUCUCCUCCUCUUUGUUGCCUCUAAACCACUUGCCCACGCCCAAUUGCCAAUAAGGCCACUGAAUGUAACUGGUCAGAUAUGUUGCACGUCCACUGGAAACUGUCCUGGUCAAGGUGUUCCUAGGGUGGUUGUCAGUUUGAAUUGCACGAUUCUCAACUCGACAAUUACCUUGGGCCGCAACACAACCAACGCUAACGGGACAUUUUCUAUUUCUGUUCCGGCUGUGGUGGGAACUGUCGGUAGCUUGCCCUUACUCCCGUGUACCGUUAGUACGAGCCUUUCUAUCAACCGUGUUGUGUGCCCGGUGCUCUCGACCAUAAACAGCACACUCGUGUCUGCCCUCCGCCCUAUUACCAUCGUGUUGGGUUUAGUUCAAAAUGCUACCGCAACUGGAUUUUUCAAUGUGACGCUGACCUAA